UGUGUUUUUUAACGAAUAAGAAUAAUGUGUUAAGAAUUCAAUGUGAAUCGUAAUCGUCGUGUGUUCGUGCAGACGUAUAAUUGUUAAUUAACAGCAAUAAACUGUUUUUUGGUGUAUCUUCUCACAAGCAAAACCGAAACAACGAAAUUGCUAAUAAAAAUUUAAAGCGAGUCAAAACCAACAACAACAACAACGAACGACCCUAAAAAGAAAAGCGAAAUUAACCAGCAGCAUAUAAAUUAAGAACAACAACAAAUAGAGUCGGCGUCAAUAUUGACGCAUAAAACAGUAUUUUUGCAUUCUCUCUCACGCGCUUAUAAACAUUCAAACAUCAAUAACGAAAAUUAAACAUAAAUAGUGCGUGUGUCUCAAGCACCAAUAAUAAACAACAACAACAACAGAAACAGCAAAAACUUGAAAGAAUAAAUAACCAAAAAACAAAACAACACAACUGAUCCAGAAAGCAGAGAAAGAAUUCCACAAUAGACAGCCACGAUGACGCAACCGCUGCCCAUACGCUUUCAAGAGCACUUACAGCUCACAAAUGUCGGCAUCAAUCCCAAUUCCUUUUCGUUCAGCACGCUCACAAUGGAGUCGGACAAGUUCAUUUGCGUGCGGGAGAAGUCGAAUGACACCGCCCAAGUGGUCAUCAUUGAUAUGAACGAUUCGGCGAAUCCGACUCGUCGUCCCAUAUCAGCCGAUUCGGCCAUUAUGAAUCCGGCCAGCAAGGUUAUUGCGCUCAAAGCGCAAAAGACGUUGCAAAUCUUCAACAUUGAGAUGAAAUCGAAAAUGAAGGCGCACACGAUGAACGAGGAUGUGGUUUUCUGGAAAUGGAUAUCGCUCAACACGCUGGCGCUGGUGACCGAGACGAGCGUCUUCCAUUGGUCCAUGGAGGGCGAUUCGAUGCCACAGAAAAUGUUCGAUAGACACUCCUCGCUGAACGGCUGCCAGAUCAUCAACUAUCGCUGCAAUGCGUCACAGCAGUGGCUGCUGCUCGUCGGCAUCUCAGCGCUGCCGAGUCGCGUGGCCGGCGCCAUGCAGCUGUAUUCGGUGGAGCGGAAGGUGUCGCAGGCGAUUGAGGGACAUGCCGCUAGCUUUGCCAGCUUCAAGAUCGAGGGCAACAAGGAGCCGACCACGCUGUUCUGCUUCGCUGUGCGCACUGCCACGGGUGGCAAGCUGCACAUCAUUGAGGUGGGCACACCGCCAAAUGGCAACCAGCCGUUUCCCAAAAAGGCCGUCGACGUAUUCUUCCCCCCGGAGGCACAAAACGAUUUCCCCGUCGCAAUGCAGGUCUCUGCCAAGUACGAUACCAUCUAUUUGAUAACCAAAUAUGGCUACAUACAUCUGUACGACAUGGAGACGGCCACGUGCAUUUACAUGAAUCGCAUAUCGGCCGAUACGAUUUUUGUGACCGCACCGCACGAGGCCAGCGGCGGCAUCAUUGGCGUCAAUCGCAAGGGUCAGGUGCUCUCGGUGACUGUCGACGAGGAGCAGAUCAUACCCUACAUCAACACUGUGCUACAGAAUCCCGAUCUGGCUCUGCGCAUGGCAGUGCGCAACAAUCUGGCGGGCGCCGAGGAGUUGUUCGUCCGCAAGUUCAAUAAACUUUUCACUGCCGGCCAGUACGCCGAGGCGGCCAAGGUGGCUGCACUGGCGCCCAAGGGCAUACUGCGCACUCCGCAGACCAUACAGCGUUUCCAGCAGGUGCAGACGCCGGCGGGCUCGACGACGCCGCCACUGCUGCAAUACUUUGGCAUAUUGCUGGACCAGGGCAAGCUGAAUAAGUUCGAGUCGCUGGAACUUUGCCGUCCCGUGCUGCUGCAGGGCAAGAAGCAGCUGUGCGAAAAGUGGCUCAAGGAGGAGAAGCUCGAGUGCAGCGAGGAGCUGGGCGAUCUGGUCAAGACCUCGGACCUAACACUGGCGCUGUCCAUUUACCUGCGCGCCAAUGUGCCCAACAAGGUGAUCCAAUGCUUUGCCGAAACCGGGCAGUUCCAGAAGAUUGUGCUCUACGCCAAGAAAGUUAACUAUACGCCCGACUAUAUAUUCCUCUUGCGCUCCGUGAUGCGCAGCAGUCCCGAGCAGGGCGCUGGCUUCGCCUCCAUGCUGGUGGCCGAGGAGGAGCCGCUGGCGGAUAUUAAUCAGAUUGUGGACAUCUUUAUGGAGCAUUCGAUGGUGCAGCAAUGCACGGCGUUUCUGUUGGACGCACUCAAGCACAAUCGUGCGGCCGAGGGAGCGCUGCAGACGCGUCUGCUCGAGAUGAAUCUACUGUCGGCACCGCAAGUGGCGGACGCCAUUCUGGGCAACGCCAUGUUCACGCACUACGAUCGCGCCCACAUAGCGCAGCUCUGCGAGAAGGCCGGACUGCUGCAGCGCGCCCUGGAGCACUAUACGGAUCUGUAUGACAUCAAGCGUGCGGUGGUCCACACGCAUAUGCUGAACGCCGAGUGGCUGGUGAGCUUCUUCGGCACGCUGUCGGUGGAGGAUUCGCUGGAGUGCCUGAAGGCCAUGCUGACGGCUAAUCUGCGCCAGAAUUUGCAGAUUUGCGUGCAGAUUGCGACCAAAUAUCAUGAGCAGCUGACGACCAAGGCGCUGAUUGAUCUGUUCGAAAGCUUUAAGAGCUACGAUGGUCUCUUCUAUUUCUUGAGCAGCAUUGUCAACUUCUCGCAGGAUCCCGAGGUGCACUUCAAGUAUAUCCAAGCCGCUUGCAAAACCAAUCAGAUCAAGGAGGUGGAGCGCAUCUGCCGCGAGUCCAACUGCUACAGUCCGGACCGCGUGAAGAACUUCCUGAAGGAGGCCAAGCUGACGGAUCAACUGCCGCUUAUCAUAGUCUGUGAUCGCUUUGACUUUGUCCACGAUCUCGUGCUCUAUUUGUAUCGCAACAAUUUGCAAAAGUACAUUGAGAUCUAUGUGCAAAAGGUGAACCCUUCACGUCUGCCCGUCGUCGUCGGCGGUCUGCUCGAUGUGGACUGCAGCGAGGAUAUUAUCAAGAAUCUAAUACUGGUGGUCAAGGGACAGUUCUCCACGGACGAGCUGGUCGAGGAGGUGGAGAAGCGUAAUCGUUUGAAGCUGCUGCUGCCCUGGCUGGAGUCGCGCGUCCACGAGGGCUGCGUCGAGCCGGCGACACACAAUGCGCUGGCCAAGAUCUACAUUGACUCGAACAACAAUCCCGAGCGUUUCCUCAAGGAGAACCAAUACUACGACAGUCGCGUCGUGGGUCGCUAUUGUGAAAAGCGUGAUCCCCAUCUGGCUUGUGUUGCCUACGAGCGCGGCCAGUGCGAUCGCGAAUUGAUUGCGGUCUGCAAUGAGAACUCGCUGUUCAAGAGCGAGGCGCGUUAUCUGGUGGCACGUCGCGAUGCCGAGCUCUGGGCUGAGGUGUUGUCCGAAGCCAAUCCCUACAAGCGUCAGCUCAUCGAUCAGGUGGUGCAGACAGCGCUGUCUGAGACGCAGGAUCCCGAUGAUAUAUCCGUCACUGUCAAGGCCUUCAUGACUGCCGAUUUGCCAAAUGAGUUGAUUGAGCUGCUGGAGAAAAUCAUUUUGGACUCUUCCGUCUUCAGCGAUCAUCGCAAUCUACAGAAUCUGCUUAUCCUCACGGCCAUCAAGGCAGACCGCACACGCGUCAUGGACUACAUCAAUCGGCUGGACAACUACGAUGCACCCGAUAUAGCCAACAUCGCUAUAAGCAAUCAACUGUACGAGGAGGCGUUCGCCAUAUUCAAAAAGUUCGAUGUCAACACCUCGGCCAUACAGGUGCUGAUCGAUCAGGUGAACAAUCUGGAGCGCGCCAAUGAGUUUGCCGAGCGCUGCAACGAGCCGGCGGUCUGGUCGCAGCUGGCCAAGGCGCAGCUGCAGCAGGGCCUGGUGAAGGAGGCCAUCGAUUCGUAUAUCAAGGCAGACGAUCCCAGCGCCUACAUGGACGUGGUCGAUGUGGCCAGCAAGGUGGAGUCGUGGGACGAUCUGGUGCGCUAUCUGCAAAUGGCGCGCAAGAAGGCGCGCGAGUCGUACAUUGAGAGCGAACUGAUUUACGCCUACGCGCGCACCGGUCGCCUCGCCGAUCUCGAGGAGUUCAUCUCGGGUCCCAACCAUGCGGACAUACAGAAGAUUGGCGACCGCUGCUUCAGCGACGGCAUGUACGAUGCCGCCAAGCUGCUGUACAACAAUGUGAGCAACUUUGCGCGCCUGGCCAUCACGCUGGUGUAUCUCAAGGAAUUCCAAGGCGCCGUCGACUCGGCACGCAAGGCCAACUCGACGCGCACCUGGAAGGAGGUCUGCUUUGCCUGCGUCGAUGCGGAGGAGUUCCGCCUGGCGCAGAUGUGCGGCCUGCAUAUUGUGGUGCAUGCCGAUGAGCUGGAGGAUUUGAUCAACUACUAUCAGAAUCGUGGCUACUUUGAGGAGCUUAUUGCCCUGCUUGAAUCAGCGCUGGGUCUGGAGCGCGCACACAUGGGCAUGUUCAGCGAGCUGGCCAUUUUGUAUUCCAAAUUCAAGCCCUCCAAGAUGCGUGAGCAUUUGGAAUUGUUCUGGUCACGUGUUAAUAUACCCAAGGUGCUGCGUGCCGCAGAGUCGGCGCAUCUAUGGUCCGAGCUGGUGUUCCUCUAUGACAAGUAUGAGGAAUAUGAUAACGCUGUGCUCGCCAUGAUGGCGCAUCCCACAGAGGCCUGGCGUGAGGGCCACUUCAAGGACAUUAUCACCAAGGUGGCCAACAUUGAGCUCUACUACAAGGCCAUUGAAUUCUAUUUGGAGUUCAAGCCGCUGCUGCUGAACGACAUGCUGCUGGUACUGGCACCGCGCAUGGAUCACACCCGUGCCGUCAGCUACUUCUCCAAGACCGGCUACUUGCCACUGGUCAAGCCCUAUCUGCGCUCCGUGCAGUCUCUCAACAACAAGGCCAUCAACGAGGCGCUCAACGGUCUGCUUAUCGACGAGGAGGACUAUCAGGGAUUGCGCAACUCGAUCGAUGGCUUCGACAACUUUGACACCAUUGCGCUGGCACAGAAGCUCGAGAAGCACGAGCUCACCGAAUUCCGUCGCAUCGCCGCCUAUCUCUACAAGGGCAACAACCGCUGGAAACAGAGCGUCGAGCUGUGCAAAAAGGACAAACUCUACAAGGAUGCUAUGGAGUAUGCUGCCGAGUCGGGCAAGCAAGAGAUUGCCGAGGAGCUCUUGGGAUGGUUCCUGGAACGCAGUGCGCACGAUUGCUUCGCUGCAUGUCUAUAUCAGUGCUACGAUUUGCUGCGUCCCGAUGUCAUACUGGAGCUGGCAUGGAAACACAAAAUCAUGGACUUUGCCAUGCCCUACUUGAUACAGGUGCUGCGUGAAUAUACCACCAAGGUGGAUAAACUGGAGUUGAAUGAGGCGCAGCGUGAGAAGGAGGAUGAUACCACGGAGCAUAAAAAUAUAAUACAAAUGGAGCCACAGCUAAUGAUAACAGCUGGCCCAACCAUGGGCAUUCCUCCACAAUAUGCAACAAAUUACCCGCCUGGCGCAUCAGCAGCGGCGGCAGCAGCUGCUGCGGCGGGACGCAACAUGGGCUAUCCCUACAUCUACAAAAGCAAUUAAGCGAAUUCCUCCAACAACAACAACAACAGCAGUGUGUACUCAACAAUAACAACAACAAAAACAACAGCUCCACUACAUGAACCAGCUUAAGCAACAACUCUAGUGUUCAACAAAAAC